UCAGUAUGCUGUUGACAAUCGGAGCCGUAGCUCGUUGAAACUUGAUUGUCCCAUUAAUUUAAGUUAAACGGGCAGUAAUAACGUGAUUAUUAGUGUAAAUUGUGGACCGCAAGGCUGAUUUGAAAACUCCAUCAAAACCACAAACAUGAUCUCCCAGAGGAAUGCAGUGGCAGUGACAUACAUCGUGGUGAUGUUGAUGCAACAAUCCUACUUAAGUCAGUGCAGACCACAUGAGAGUUCGAAGGCAUCACAACACGAGGCCGAACGAAGGAAAGAUACGGAGUUGACAAAAGAAACACAGAUUGGCGAAUCUAAGGUAUAUGGCCUUAUUCACAACGAAUCCGAGAAUAAAGAAGCCGUUCAAGAAAAGGAAGAUAUCCAUUCGAAGAUCCUUACGGUGUUCGACAACGUGCAGCAGAAAAUUGUGAACUUUUUCAAUACCGGAGCCAUCGUGGACAAGGCGACACCCAGGGACUAUGAAGCGAACCCAAUCGAAGACUAUGAAGGUAUCCGUUUGGGGGUCGUAAACGCAGUGGACUUUGUCGCAAAGCGGAUUAACGAUGCUUUAAAUAAACCGAAAGAUUUCUUCAAGAAGGCCAACAAAAAAUUCACGAAAUCUCUCAACGACCUCGGCUCCAAGAUAAUCGGAUUAGAAUAAAACACUUGAACGGUAUCGAGUAUGAGGUUCAUUUAUUUGACUUAUCUCUCUGAGGAUUACCAUUGUAAAUACAAGUUCUGCUACUUUGGAAUGUCUGCUUCGACUUGGCUAGUCGGAUUCUAUUUAUAAAUAAUCCUAAUAAAAUAGAAUGUAUCAUAGGACUAAGCGAAAACUACCGAAGGCUAGUUUAGAGAUUCCCGAUCAUUGGGUUGUUUUGUAAAUACAUUUUAUAUUCAUUUUACCAA